ACAAAACCCUUCCCAUUCCUAAAGUUUUUAUUUUGACGGCAGUUUAUAUUCCCCAACGGAACCAAACCCACAAACCAAAUCCUUUGUGCCCUAAUUUCUCAAAUCCAAACCUCACUUUUCACCGCUCCAACGCUUAAUUCUGAUCGACACUUUUGCCGUCGUUGUUCACCAGUCAGUUAACGGGGAUUCUUUUAUUCUGUUUUAUUGACGAAGUGACAGCAAUGGAUGAUUGGGAGGAUGAGCAAAUUGCUCCACUUAAUCUUACAGUAAAAGAUCAAGUUAAAAGUAAAUGGGAUGAUGAAGAUGUGGAUGAAAAUGAUGUGAAGGAAUCAUGGGAGGAUGAAGACGAGCCUGCUCCGGCACCUGCAGCACCUGUUGUAAAAACUACUGAAAAAGCUUCUAAAAAAUCUUCUGAUAAAGCUACUGACAAGAAGGGUAAGACAGUAGAACCAGUAAAGGAGGAAGAACCAUUGGAUCCUGUGGCUGAGAAACUUCGCCAACAAAGAUUAAUUGAAGAAGCAGAUUAUAAGUCCACUAAGGAAUUGUUUGGUGGGGGAAAAGACGAGAAGAACAUUGACACUUUUAUACCAAAAUCUGAAAGUGAUUUCGUGGAGUAUGCAGAGCUUAUUGCACACAAGCUUCGUCCUUUUGAGAAAAGUUAUCAUUAUAUGGGCUUGCUAAAGGCAGUAAUGAGAUUAUCAAUGGUUUCUCUAAAAGGGGCAGAUGCCAAAGACAUUGCUUCCUCGGUAACUGCCAUUGCAAAUGAGAAGAUAAAGGCAGAGAAAGAAGCCAAUGCCGGCAAAAAGAAGACAGGUGGCAAGAAAAAGCAACUUAAUGUGGAUAAACCUGAUGAGGAUUUUAUUAAUGAUGAUCGCUAUGAUGAUCUGGAUGAUUAUGAUUUCAUGUGAAAAAUUUUGGUUCAGUUCCAUUCAGAUUAAGUUACGGGAUUAAACUGUUUCAACCUUGGAAGUUGGGACAUGACCCUUCGGCAUACCCUGUCAAAAUUUAACGAGUGCUGUCCCGUAUUUUGUCUAAUAAGAGUGUGCAUCAGUGUCUUGUUUUCUCAUUGUCAAUUUUGUCACAACCAAUAUGUACUUGGACCUUAGUGUUAUAUGAUUCAUAGAACUUAGAGAUAUGAUCGUGUCAACAUUCAACAUUAACUUGUUUUCGAUUAUGUUCUUGGAUUGUAAGAAUAUAGCAUGACAUUUUCUUGUUAAGGGAACUCUUGUUAUAGUCUUGUUUUAUUAAUGUUGGAUGUUGAUAGCAUUUAUAACA